CCACAGAAGCUUUGAAGAAGCUCAACGGUAUGGCGCUCAUCGCCUUAGCUAUCAGCUAUUCGCCCGUCAAGUCCGGAUCCCUAGGCUAAUCAAUGAUUUUUUUUCCAACAGUGGGAGAGCCUGCGACGAACGGCAAGGCAGCGAAGCCCGCGGAGGGAAAUGGGGUCGACCACGACAGUGACGAUUCGGAUGAGGAGGGCGAGGAUGUGACGGCACCCGCCGCCGGCGGAGCGGCCAAGAAGAAGAAGAAGAACAAAAAGAAGAAGAAGAAGAAGUCCCCGACCGCCCAGUCCGACCCGCCGCGCGUGCUCAUGUCUUCGCUAUUCCCCCAAAAGAACUAUCCCAAGGGCCAGGAGGAGGAGUACCGCGACGAGAACCUCUACCGCACGACGAACGAGGAGAAGCGCCACCUCGACAACCUCAACAACGACUUCUUGACAGACUACCGCGAGGCCGCCGAGAUCCAUCGCCAGGUCCGUCAAUGGGCGCAGAAGAACAUCAAGCCCGGCCAGACCCUGACUGAGAUUGCCGAGGGCAUCGAGGACGGCGUGCGUGCGCUAACGGGACACCCGGGUCUCGAGGAGGGCGAUGCGUACAAGGGCGGCAUGGGCUUCCCGUGCGGCCUGUCCCUCAACCACUGCGCGGCGCAUUACACGCCCAACGCCGGUAACAAGAUGGUGCUCUCGCAGGAGGACGUCAUGAAGGUCGACUUUGGCGUGCACGUCAACGGACGCAUCGUCGACAGCGCCUUUACCAUGGCCUUUGAGCCGCAAUACGACAACCUCCUCGCGGCCGUCAAGGACGCGACCAACGCCGGUGUCAAGGAGGCCGGCAUCGACGUCCGCGUGGGCGACGUCGGCGGCGUCAUCCAGGAGGUCAUGGAGAGCUACGAGUGCGAGAUUGACGGCGUGACGUACCCCGUCAAGUCGAUCCGCAACCUCAACGGUCACACGAUUGAGCGCUGGAGCAUCCACGGCACCAAGAGUGUGCCCAUUGUCAAGAGCAACGACACGACAAAGAUGGAGGAGGGUGAUGUCUUCGCCGUCGAGACGUUUGGCAGUACGGGUAACGGAUACGUCAGGGAAGAUAUGGAGGUGUCUCACUACGCCAAGCGUGGAGAGGGCCAUGCGGCGCUCCGGUUAGAUUCGGCCAAGAGGCUGCUGAACGUCAUCAACAAGAACUUUGGCACCCUGCCUUUCUGCCGGCGUUAUCUGGACCGUCUAGGACAGGACAAGUAUCUCCUUGGUGUAAGUUGACAUCUCAACCGUUUACUGAAGACUAUGCGCUGACAAAUAACAGUUGAACAACCUUGUUGCCAGCGGCAUCGUCGAGGCUUACCCGCCCUUGUGUGAUAAGAAGGGCUCCUACACUGCUCAGUUCGAGCACGUAAGUAAACACUU